AGUUUUGUUCUUACACAAUAUAGACAAGUUCUUUUCAACACUUUACACAUAGAUUACAUAGAUAGGAUAGCAGAUGUCAUCUGAGGCAGAAUCCCAAAGGAGUUACGCAUAGUCGGCGUAGAACAGGCUCCCUUUCUGUCCUGUAAUUCUAAAGUAAAAUAUUAUGAAAUACGGAUGUCUCCAUUAUCGAUGAUCAGGAAAAAGGUUGAAGAGUAAUGUAGUGAAUAGGACAUGUCGUACUCUAGAAAUUGAGAAAACACUUGAAACAACCCUUGAACCUUGAACGGCAAUUUGUUCACAAAUAAAAUUGUUAAAAUCCAAUUUUAAUUUACGUAUUUGCAGGCAGUGGUUUAAAAAAUAUGGUUGAGGUCUGGAUGAAAACAGAUUUUACAGAAGAUGGGCGAUGUGUUGAGGCUGGAACACCGGUUCUUGUCCUAGGAUAUGGAGAGACUGGUAGCUCUAACUACCAGGUUCUAGAUCAGGAUCGGAUACUAGAGAUUCCUAAAACCCUGUUUGGAGAAUACAGGUUUCCAUCUUGGUUCCGACCAGAGAUAGAUCGACUUGGAGCCGAGGUUCAACUCCGCAGACUACCCCCUCGUUCCUUUUUUAUCCGACGCCGUGGUUCCGGAAGGAGAGAAAUCAAGGAUUUUUCUAUUUCUAUUAAAAUGGCAGACCGAGUACUCCAUAUGAAGAUAAACUACUCGGAAAACCAGAAUUGGAAUUUCAACUCCCAGAAUUUCUCAAGUCUCCAGGCCCUGGUGAAAACAUUUCAAUCCAAGCCUCUGUUUAUCUCCAAUGGUCAAGGAAUAAGCCUGGAUAAUGAAGCUGAUACUUCAAUUGAUAAAACUAUUGAAACCGCCAAUAUAAACGAAGACGAUAUUUAUGAAGAUCCAACUCAACCAGAUCCUCUACAAUUCAUUCCUCAAGUGUCUCAGAUUGUCAGAGUUAAAUAUGAUUUUCAAUCCACAGUAGAGGGAACCAUUGAGGUUCAGUUUGGAGAAAGGUUAAAGAUAAUUGAUGUUUAUGAAGAGGAGGGUUGGAUCAGGGUCCGGAAGCAAGGUGGAGAUGAAGGUUGUGUUCCUACAAACUAUGUGGAUAUUGAACAAUUGUUUGGAAGAGAUUUUUAAAAAUAAAUAUAAAUGUUUUAUUGAAGUGUGAUAGUUAAUUAUCACACUAAUAUUUUA